UCCACUCGCGGUUGAGCCGAGGACGUGCGUCGUGCAGCAUUUGGUUCAGUUUUAUAGCUUGGCCUCUUGCGUUCGCUCGUAUCACGCUGUGCAGCGCGUUUCGACAGCCCUUUGGCUAAUUAGAAAAUUGGAGCCACUUGUUGCAACGCCGCUCUUGAAUUGACAUUAACAUCUCGAUGACGGACAGCAGGAUUAACGCCGAGGACUGAAAACUCGAUCGUCAUGGGCAAACUGCUGAGUCUUCUGGCGCGGGACGACGCCUCCAACUGCUGUUCGCCGCAGAAAUACGACGUCUAUCUCGAUUUUGAAAACGCUCAACCAACCGAAAGUGAACAAAAAACCUUUGCUGUGGUGCAGCAAGUGUUGAAAAAUUCAGAAACAAUUUUGAAUGAACUGCAACAGUACAAAGGGGCUGGAAAGGAAAUUAGAGAGGCCAUUUCUAACCCAACCGACGAAUCUCAGAAGCGGGCCUUGCAAGCAGUGCUUCCGCUUGUCUCUAAACUAAAGAGGUUCUUUGAGUUUUCGCUGGAAUUAGAGGCUGUAGUUCCGCAAAUUUUAAGCGAGCUCUGCUCUGGCGAAAUGAUCCCAACGCAACACCUAGAAACGCAACAGGCUUUAGUCAAACAGUUUGCCGAGAUUCUCGAGUUCGUCUUGAAGUUUGAUGAAAAUAAGAUGAAGACGCCAGCGAUUCAAAACGACUUUAGCUACUAUCGGAGAACGAUAGCACGCCAGCGGAUGAGCACCAACGAUGACCACCCAGAUGCCAAAGAAGUCAGCACCGAGUUGGCCAACCGAAUGUCCCUCUUUUAUGCUCACGCCACGCCCAUGCUCAGGGUGCUCAGCGACGCCGUGUCCCAAUUCGUCAGCGAGCGAACAGACAUUCCAAUUGAGAACACCACAGAAACCCUGAGCACAAUGGCAAAAGUUUGUCUACGCAUGCUGGAAAGCCCGCAACUGAUGGCUCAAUUCCAAAGGGAAGAAACGCAACUCUUUGUUCUACGUGUGAUGGUUGGUUUAGUGAUCCUCUAUGAUCAUGUUCAUCCCCAAGGUGCUUUCGUGAAAGCUUCGAAUGUUGAUGUGAAAGGCUGUGUUAAGUUGCUGAAGGAACAGCCGGCAAUAAAAUCAGAAGGUCUUUUGAAUGCUCUAAGAUACACAACCAAGCAUUUAAACGAGGAUGCUACGCCAAAGAACAUAAAGACGCUGCUGGCAGCGUGAUGGAAAUGCGGUUGCGAUCAUUUCCAACACCUCUUGCUUGCUUUCGUUUCUAGCCCGUAAGAAGAAACUUGAGAAUCAUUGGAGAAUAUUCGUGCUCUUUGCAUUAUAUAGUAUUUAAAGGGAAAAAAAGAAACAAAGUCAACUCUACUCAACCAGUACUGUGUCAUAUCAAUUCGUUAACAAGAACUUCUUUCUGAAGGACUGCCGAACAAAAAUCGCCUGUGUGAGUUUGUGACUGGAGUUUGAUUGAUCGAAACAUCACACAAGUUAAAAGUGCGAAUAGUAACGUUAUUCGCUUUUCUGAUAUUGUAAGUUGUGAAAAUCGGUUCGACUUUUGUAAAAUCUUUAUAAUGUUGAAACGAUAUGUAUAGUGUUGAUCUACUUCCAGUUUUGUUUGCCAAAAGUUGCUCUGUUGCAUUCAAGGCCAAAUUUUUAUCGAAAAGAAGUUUUAAGAAACGUUACCCUCUGCAUUUUGUGGCCAUUCCAGCAAGUGUUCGUAGUUAUUUUCGAGCCACUUUCACUGCGAGUUUCAUGCUUUCAGCCAAUAUUUUAUUUUUUAUUUUUAUAAUCUGGAAUGGCUUUCGAGCAUUUUAUAAAAGGCAACAAACUUUUGUACACUGCCCUGAAUUUUGAAAUUAUACACAUACAUUGUGGAGGCGACAGCAUUUUGGUGCAACUGUGCCUUCUAGAUUCAAAAAUUGAGUGCUGACCAUCAUUUUAAGGAAAAGGCUGUUACAAAACACUUACAAUGAAUAUGUCGAGUGUGCAAAACGAGGUGGGUCCUGAUUUUGUAGCGAGAGGAGGGCCAGCUAGUUCUCUUUCAGGCCUAUUGUUAAGAAAAGAUAUCCCAAAUAUGAAGAGGAAAACCGGAUAGGCAAGUCGAAGUAAAAACGCACGCGUCUCUUGUAUUUACAUGUAAUGCUUGCAUUGAAAAUGUUAUUUAAGUCGAUCAAGCUAGUGCGUGACAUUAAAAAAUGCACUUGCUGUGCGGAACGAACGAACAAAUUUUAUUCUAACUAGCAACACGUCUUCACCAUCUAUCUUUGUAAUUUGAGCACAAAUAUUUAUUGCGGCGAGACUUGUGGAGCUCGUCGCGCGAAGUAAAAUUUAGUGUUUGUCCCAAAUGGAAAAUAUUUACAAACGAAUCGUCGUAUUCAAGUUAUGAAUCAAAGCCCGGGGGCUCUCUCCUCUGCUGGACCAUUUGAUCACUGAAUAAUUUAUGAUUUACCGUAAUUUAUUAUCUCUUACUGCAUGAAACUUCGUGGCAAAAAUAAACGCUUUUCAUCGUGAA